AUGAUUCCACCACUCUGCGUCAUGAUUGCCUUCUUUGCCGUAACAUCUAUCGUCGGCAAGAAGGUAUCUGGUGCUCAAAAGCGCUGGAUGGGAAGCACAGAGGGUCGACUUGCAGUGAUAGGAUCAGUAAUGCAACAAAUCAUCCCCACGAAGCUGCUCGGUUUAGAGCCUGUGAUGCCGAAAUGGAUCAACCCACUCCGAGCGAAAGAAGUGGACAAUUUGAAGGCCUUCUACCGUCGUCUUGUGAUAGUAGUUGUCCUCUCAUCAGCUACAAUUAACUGCGCUGGUCUGUCUGCACUCGGAACUUUUGCAGGAAUCAGCGGAGAUAUCCGUCCACAAACACUGUUCACGAUAUACACCAUUGUCAAUCUGGUAACGCUCCCCAUUUCAACAGUCGGACAUUGCUUCCCACUACUCGUCGCGUCUUGGGCUUCCAUGAAGCGCAUUGCAGGGUUCCUUCUGCUCGAAGAAAAGCCUGUGAGUUUGGGAGGCGAGCUGCCAAAUUCAGAGCGAAGCUCAACGGAGACGCUGAAAUACACGGGCACCGAGAAAUCGGCGUCGCUAGACGAGAAGUCCGAUAGAGACUACGACGGGCCACCUUCAUUAUGGAAUGUGAAUGCGAGUGCAUCAUCAGCGCCUGACGCCAAGCCACUUAUCAAAGACAUCGACAUCAACUUCCCACUAGACAAACUAUCAAUUGUCGUCGGACCAGUUGGUAGUGGUAAGUCUAUUCUUGCCAAAACACUGCUCGGCGAGACGCACUUGCAGACAGGCAGGCGGAAGGUGCCUGGUGGACCUACCACGAAAAUCAGCUAUGCCCCUCAAGAAGCCUUUAUUUGGCCAACGAGCGUGCGCGAGAAUAUAAUCCUGGAUUCUGAAUACGAUUACGAAUGGUACAACAAGGUAGUUGAGAGCUGUGCCUUGGUUUAUGAUUUCGAAAGAAUGUCCAAAGGCGAUCUGACCCAGCUGAGCGAAAAGGGCGGCGGAGUGAGUGGUGGACAGAAGCAGCGUAUUUCAUUAGCGAGAGCGUUGUACGCAAGUCGCCACACCUCUUUCGUAGUCCUGGACGACUGUUUCAGUGCACUCGACGCACAUACCACCAAGCACGUCUUUAAUGCGCUGUUCGGAGCGAGGGGUAUGCUUGGCAAACGGACGGUGGUUAUGGUAACGCACUCCCACAAACACCUCACAGCUGCACAUUUUGUCGUUGCUAUGGAAAGUGGAUCUAUCCUCGCCAAAGGAUCGCUACGCGAGCUCUACAAGAAUGUAAUCGACAUCAAGAGCUAUAUCGGUGAAAUACCCAAGGAGUUGGAAGAGGAUAAUGAGAUCACUCAUGUCAAAAGUGAGACAGAGGAGGAGGAGAUACUCAAUGAGUUGGGUGAUCCUGCACUGGCUGAAAAACCAUCGCACCAGCACAAGAGUAUUGACGGAAAAGAAUACGAGGCGGUGGAUACGGAAGAGGAUCCUGACGAAGAAGACGCCAGUGCAAAUCUUGGAUGGACGCCGUACAAAUUCUACAUGCGUCAUUGUGGCUGGGGACGUCUAACAGUUUGCGUAGCAUUUCUCUUUUUCUACAAUGCUGUAGAAGUUGGUCUGCAGGUGAGCAAAGCUGUUUGUGCUCUAUCCGCAACUAACAGUACGCAGAUAUACCUCGAAAAAUGGUCCAGCGCAAACACCACCGACCAUCGACCAUGGCUUGGUGGGUAUGCAGGCUUCACUGUUGCCGCUUUCAUCAGUUCUUUCUGCAUGAUGUGGAUGUACACGCAGUACACAGCCCCACGCGCCAGUUUAGGCAUGCAUGAGCAGAUGCUAGGGCAUGUACUCGAAGCGCCAGUAACGUAUUUCCAGAAAACGAGUUCAGCACUGCUGAUCAAUCGGUGGGGAUCGGAUAUAUUUAUAUCCGAUUUCGCGUUCCCUAUUUCGAUGCUGGACGUGUCGUUGACGGCGGUGUAUGUGGUCGGAGCUGCCAUUCUGAUUUUGAUUGCAGUCCCAUGGCUCGCCAUAGCAGUUCCUUUCCUCGCUGUGAUAUACUGGUCGCUGCAGAGAGUAUAUCUCGCGACGAGCAGACAGCUGCAGCGACUGACUAUUUCGUCUAAGACACCGCUCUACACGUCUUUCAGCACCCUCCUCACUGGUCUAGUAACGAUCCGUGCGUUCAAGUCAACGGCAAUGUUUAAGGAUAUCUCUGAAUGGCAUCUCAACCGGUCGCAGGCACCGAUGUACUACCGUGAUUCUGGGAUAAGAUUCCUGCGCACAUUUCUCAACCUCGUAACGGCAUUCAUAGCUAUCGGGAUAGCAGCGAUAGCCGUCGGACUGCGUAACUCCACCAGCGCCGGCUACCUCGGUGUGGCGCUAUCCCAGCUAGUCAGCAUGGCAACCUCGCUUACCAAUCUUCUUCUGGCAUGGACAAGGGUGGAGAAUGGUGUCGUUUCGCUCGAACGCAUAGUCGAGAUUACACAACUCGAGAGUGAAGAGAGUUUACAAGCACGUGAAAUAGCGGGCGACGAAAGCGGCAACGAGAGCGACAACAACGACGCUAUGCUAGCAUCCGCAACUACAACCGAACCCAGCCCCAGCUGGCCAGAGAGCGGGGCAGUAACAUACGACGACGUUUCGCUCAAGUACGCCACAUCGUCACCGCGUAACGCCCUUGACGGCCUAAACAUAGCCCUGCCUGCGGGACAUAAGCUGGGAAUAUGUGGUCGCACGGGAAGCGGGAAAUCAUCGACUAUCUACGCUCUCCUCCGUGGUCAGCCGCUGCGCUCAGGCAGGAUUAUCGUGGAUGGGGUAGAUCUAGCGACUGUGCCACUACACACACUGCGCAAGCGCAUCAGCACCAUUAGCCAGGACCCCUUCCUGCUGCAUGCGUCGCUGAAAGAUAACCUCAUUUUGGGAUGCGAGGGGGCUAGCCAAGAGGAUAUAUGGCGGGCGCUGGACCAUGUCGGUAUGGCGAAACAGGUCAAUGACUUAGAACACAAACUCGAUACGCAGGUGACGACGGAUGGGAUGGAGUUUAGUGCAGGUGAAAGACAGCUCCUCUGCAUCGCUAGAAUCCUCCUCCAGAAACGUAGAAUCGUCUUACUUGAUGAAGCCUCGUCAAAUAUGGACUCCAAGACAGAUGAGAGACUGCUCGCGUUACUCAAAACUGCACUCAAGGGCGUCACGGUUAUUAGCGUCGCUCAUAGAAUAUCCACUAUUAGCGCUUAUGAUCAGGUUAUUGUUAUGGAUGAGGGUCGCGUCGUGGAGUCGGAUAGCCCCACUUCGCUGCUGUCUAACACAUCGAGCGAAUUCUACAAACUCGCUCACAGCCAGGGAAUGAUGGAGUAG